UCCAGCGGUCGCCCGUAAAUAUUUUCUAACUCACAGGAACCACCAGACUUCCCAGCUGCGCUCACGGUUGCUGCCAGGCUUUUCAGUCUCGGAAGGAGCCCUGUACUGUGCCCCCGUGUGAAGCUGUUCAAGUUCGCCGCGUGAGGCAGCCAAUCCGAGCCAUGCCUGACCACACUGUCAUCGCCAUGCAGGACGGAGGACCAGAGAAGAGGCUCACUUCAGCCCCUCCGCGUGACUACCUGCUGUUCUCCCUCUUCAACAUACUGGUGUUGGGGAACCCUUGCUGUCUCAGCUUCGUGGCGCUCGUUUAUUCGGUCAAGUCCCGGGACCGGAAGCUGGUUGGGGACAUGAAUCAGGCCUUGAGCUAUGGAAACACCUCCAAACAGCUGAACAUUGGUUCCAUCAUCCUGAAUGUGUUGCUCCUCAUCAUCUCCAUCGUCUUAUUUUUUCUUUACAUGGUUCCUUGGAUCCAGGCCAAGUCCAACCAUUAAAAGCCUCACUAGGCCCCGACCCUGCACCCCUCAGGGGAUACCUGCAGGCUGCCCUAGUCCUGCUUCCAUGGACACCCACAGCAGGCAGAUCUCCUCUCAUCUACCCCACCCCCUUGUCCAGCAGGGCAGCCCUUGUGGCCCCUCCCUCCCAUAGACGCCCAGAAGCCCGGAACACUCUGUGCCUGGGUCAGAGUGGGCAGUAAAUAAAUUCAAUAAAUGAAUUGGUUUCUGUUUC